GCGCAAUGCCGCUGCUCGUCGAGUUCUUCGGGAAGCAUUGACUACGUCACCUCAAGAACUCUCCUCCCUCAUCGAGCAGUUGAUGGGGGAAGAUUUGGCGGCAUCCACGCCAGGUGUUGGGUCGCCCGCGGUUACAUCCGCUCGCGGGUGGCUCGAGCAUCGGAGCCGUGUGCAGGCCUAUCCGACCGUUGUUCAUUUAAGCUGGGCCAUUGCCGGAGCCCUAGACUGUCUGCGAGCAGGGCAAGCAGAACAGGCGAGGGCCAGACUCAACAUUGCACUCUUACAAGCAGAUCAGAUGUCAGUCGAUCGCGGCUCCUGGUGGGCAGAGAUAGCGCUGAGCAGGUUGAGGGACGAGGCAGAUUUUCUCGACACAAGGCAAAAGCUUUCUACCCGCCACUCUCCGUUGAUCAACAAGGACACCAGCGAGCCCAUCGGGGACAACAGCGACCGGUGCCGCGAAACGCGCUACGAGCUCCGAUACCCCCUGCCUCGCUCUUCCUGCCUUCUGGAAUUCAAUGACCCGGCUUGUGAUGAUGUCGUGGCCGACCGCGUGUUCGCACGCCAUCCCGAACCUGGUGUCGACCAGCCUCCGUUCGUGAAGAUCUUGGCUGAUCGCACGCAGACGAGCUUCGCGAUCGAUUGGUGCUCGAUGCCCGUCCAGCUAAUCAACUGGAAAGUUUUCCUGGUCGAUGGGUCCGCUGAACUGGUUUUUGAUGCAACACCUGGGUCCUUCGAUGCCUUUGAUGGACCUGUCUUGGUUGGGCUGUCGUCCUUAGCUAUGGGUGACUCGCGAGCUUCUCGUGCAUGCUUCUCCCCCGCCUCGGGGUUUGCUUUCGAUCGGCCUCGUCAUGACGACUUGAUCAUCUUACAGCGGUGUCUGGCCCGUGACCUGGAGCUGUAUCGCGCUUCGCCUGGUUUAUCUGAGCGCUCUCAGCGCCUUCGCAUGGCAUUGGAUGCUUAUGACCGCGCCGAUCUUCGCUUCAGUCCCAAGAAAACCUCUGAGGACCAGUCCAGGGCCUCCUUUUGGGGCGUCGACUGCUGCGGCACGGCCGGCUUGGUUCGUGCGAAUCCCUCUCCCUAUUGGGCUCUUGUGCUCAUCACCACCAGGGUCAUGCAACUCGGCUUGGCCACACGGUCGUUGCUGGAAAGCUUACUUGGCUCUUGGGUUUCAGUGUUCAUUUUGCGGCGUCGUCUGCUGUGCCUGGCUGACCUAUGCUUCCAAGCCGUUCGUCAUGGCGAGCCUCAAACAGUGCUGCGUUUGUCACCCGAGCUGCUCUCUGAGCUUGCCACUUUUGUGCUUCUUGGGCAUACCGCAGUGCUUGACCUUCGCGCCCGUUCGCGAUCACAUCAUCGCAACGGACGCUUCAAGCUCGUGGCAGGUGCGUGGACUCGCCUUCUCACUCCCCCUUCUGCCUGGCUGCGAGAACAUGACCUCCUGCCUCCGGAGUCAGAGUUACCCGGGGACAUGCAGUUUGAGGAUUUGUUUGACUUGGGCGGCUCCCGGCCAUUAGUCCUGCACAGUCCCACCGUGACUGCUGACGAGGCUUGGGCCUUGGGUCCCUUGGCGGAGGCCUUCAGUGUCCCUCCACAGGUGCUACAGGCGCAAGGUUCCUUCAGUAAGGUUGCCGCCGACAAUUUGCUGAAUCAGUGGAUUUUAAGAGUCAUUCGCCUCGCAUCAUCGCUGGGCAUUUUCUACUGUGCUGAAAAUCCCGACACGUCUUACUUCUGGCGCAUGCCGGGUUGGGAGGAUGAGGCUUCUGCCAGUUCGCGUCACGUUUUCCGUGCGGACAUGUGUCAGUUCGGGUGCUUUGGCGGAAACGCACGAGAGUUGCCACCAACACUGCCCUUGCAGGUGCCAGGUUGCUCUGUGACCGUGCUGAGUCGCACUUGCGUUUGGUUGGCCGUUCCCCCGCGCAUCGGUUGCCUUGGACUGCAGUUGCUGAUACCUCCCCGGCUGGAUUCGCCGCCAAAAACCCGGGCCCCCGCCGCGCUUCUCGAGCGUUUCUUGCUGCCCGUCGCUCUGGAGACUUGGAAGUGGGAAGCUGUGGAGCCGACUGUGCACCGCACUCCCCUGCCCGAACCUCUGCUCCGAGCGAUGGUCACAGUUGGGUGGCUACGUGGUCUCAGGCGUUGGGCUGGGUGCGCUUUGCUGGCUUUCUACGGAAUGGCUCGGGUAGGAGAGGUCCUCAAGUGUGAAAGGCAUCACCUGCUUUUGCGGGAUGAUCUCUUUCCCUCCGCCGAGGCCCUUUUCCUACGACUGGACACUUCAAAGACCGCGACGAGAGGAAGACCGAAGGUGCAGCACAUCCGGAUCGAUGACCCCUCUGCUAUGGAGCUUAUUACGAUUGCCUUCAAGGACCUUCAACCUGCAGAACCUCUGUUCCCAUUGAGCCCUUCUGCGUUUCGCAGUCGUUGGGACCAUUGCCUGCGGGUUCUUGGCGGUGCCGUCCUCGUCACCCCUGGCAGCCUCAGGGGUGGUGGGGCAGUAUCUGCAUACCACAGAGGAGUACCGAUUCAAGAUAUACAGUGGAAACUUCGCCUUAAGCACAUGGCCACGUUGGAGCACUACCUACAGGAAGUAGCCGCCCUCGGGGCGCUCAACGAGGCUUCUGAUGAUGCAAAACGGCUGAUUCGCUUCGCUCUUCAGCUUUACCCGUGUCUUCGCUACAGCGCGUAG